AUGGAUCCAGAGGAGCAGGAGCUGUUGAAUGAUUACAGAUACAGAAAUUAUGCUUCCGUGAUUGAAAAGGCGUUAAGAAAUUUCGAGUCCUCGAGUGAAUGGGCGGAUCUUAUAUCUUCCUUGGGCAAGCUCAACAAGGCUCUGCAGAGUAACCUGAGAUACUCCCUGUUGCCCAGGCGGCUCGUCAUCAGCAAGAGAUUAGCCCAGUGCCUGCAUCCCGCCUUGCCCAGUGGCGUGCACUUAAAAGCCCUAGAAACCUAUGAGAUCAUCUUUAAGAUCGUGGGGACCAAAUGGCUGGCCAAGGAUUUGUUCCUGUACAGCUGCGGGCUGUUCCCGCUUCUGGCGCACGCAGCCAUGUCGGUGAGACCCGUGCUGCUCGGCCUGUAUGAGAAGUACUUCCUCCCGCUGCAGAAGCUGCUGCUGCCGAGCCUCCAGGCCUUCGUCGUCGGCCUGCUGCCCGGCCUGGAGGAGGGCUCGGAGAUCUGUGACAGGACGGACGCGCUGCUGCUGAGGCUGUCCUUGGUGGUCGGCAGGGAGGUCUUCUACGCCGCCCUCUGGGGGAGUGUCCUGGCCAGCCCGUCCAUCCGCCUGCCCGCCUCGCUCUUCGUGGUGGGCCACAUCAACCGGGGCGCGCCCGGCCGGGAGCAGAAGUACAUGCUGGGGACUGACCACCAGCUCACGAUCAAGUCCUUAUGUGCAUCCCUGUUGGACUCAAACGUGCUGGUGCAAAGAAAUAACCUGGAGAUUGUCCUGUUCUUCUUCCCCUUUUAUACCUGUCUGGAUUCCAGCGAGAGAGCCAUCCCCCUGCUCAGAUCUGACAUCGUGCGCGUCCUCUCAGCUGCCACUCAGACCCUCCUGAGACGGGAUAUGUCUCUGAACAGAAGGCUUUACGCCUGGUUACUUGGUUCUGAUAUUAAAGGAAAUACCAUCGUGCCCGAAUCUGAAGUCUCAAAUGCUUAUGAAGACCAGUCCGUGUAUUUUUUUGAGAAAUACUCCAAGGAUCUUUUAGUGGAGGGUCUGGCUGAGAUCCUGCACCAGAAGUUCGCGGACACCGACGUAGAGGAGCGCCACCACGGGUACCUGAAGCCUUUCCGCAUCCUCGUCAGUCUGCUUGACAAGCCGGAAAUAGGGCCUCAAGUUGUUGAGAAUUUGUUUCUUGAAGUCAUCCGAGCGUUUUAUUCUUACUGCAGAGAUGCUCUUGGCUCUGAUCUUAAACUUAGCUACACUCAGAGUGGAAAUUCGGUGAUAAGUGCAAUAAAGGAAAACAGGAACGCCUCUGAGAUCGUUAAAACAGUGAAUUUGCUGAUCACAUCCCUGAGCUCAGACUUCCUCUGGGAUUACAUGACAAGGUGUUUCCAGGACUGUUUCAGAACCACGAAGCGGAAUCCCAAUGUUGGGAGAAGCAUCGGCCCUCCCCCGACGGUCUCAGAGCUCUGCACCCUCCUCAUGUUCCUUCUGGACGUGAUUCCCCUGGAACUUUACUCAGAGGUGCAAACCCAGUACCUCCCACAGGUGCUUGGCUGCCUGCUGCAGCCUCUGGCUGAGGAGAUGGAGAUGCUGAGCUUGUCCGAGCUCACACACGCCCUGAGGACCUGUUUCAAAGUGCUCAGCAAGGUCCAAAUGCCGCCUUCCUACCUGGACACAGAGCCCACGAGUGGGAGCUUGAGUCCAGUCAGAGGUGAAAACACCGAAGUGAUUGCCAACACAGAUGCAGUGCCCCUGGGCGACGAAGACGCACCGUUUCCCCCGCUGAAAUCAGAAGACAGCGGCAUCGGGCUGAGCGCCUCGUCGCCCGAGCUCUCGGAGCACUUGCGGGUGCCCCGGGUUUCCCCGGACAAAGAUGACGUCUGGAAGAAGGGUGGGAGCAUGCAGAAGACGUUCCUUUGCAUCCAGGAGCUGAUCGCCACCUUCGCGCACAAGAACAUUUUCGGGGCGCAGCUGACGGCGUCCGGGGAAGAGGCCAAGUCAGCGGAGGAGCCUGCGGGCCGGCCCCUGGGCGGCGUGCCCCAGUUCAAGCAGAUGCUCUCUGACCUCUUCACUGCCCGAGGGUCCCCCUUCAAGGCCAGGAGUGUGGAGCUGCCCUCACCCCCGCCCCACAGCCCUGGCCGCAAGAAGGACGAGGGGUGGGCCGUGGACCAGGUGGUCCUUGACCUGGGGGGCUCCCGGGAGGGCGUCCGGGAGGCCUUCGCGGCCGCCUGCCACCUGCUGCUGGAGUGCGCCACCUUCCCCGUGUACCUGUCCGAGGAGGAGACGGAGCGGCUCUGUGAGGUCCUCUUCCAGCCUCCGGCAGCGGGCGAUUCCGGUUUUCCACCUUGGCUGAAGUCCCUGAUGACCAUCUGCUGCUGUGUAACUGACUGCUACCUCCAGAACGUGGCCAUCUCCACCCUGCUCGAAGUGAUCAACCACUCCCAGUCCCUCGCCCUCGUCAUCGAAGACAAGAUGAAACGCUAUAAAAGCUCCGGAUACAACCCAUUUUUCGGCAAGCUGCAGAUGGUGACGGUUCCUCCCAUAGCUCCAGGAAUACUGAAAGUCAUUGCAGAGAAAACAGACUUCUAUCAGAGGGUAGCUCGUGUGCUUUGGAAUCAGCUGAACAAGGAGACCCGGGAGCAUCACGUCACGUGCGUGGAGUUGUUCUACCGGCUGCACUGCCUGGCCCCCACGGCCAACGUCUGCGAGGACAUCAUCUGCCAUGCCCUCCUGAACCCCGACAAGGGAACCAGGUUGGAAGCUCUGUUUCGAUUUUCUGUCAUCUGGCACCUGACCAGAGAGAUCCAGGGCAGCAGAGUGACGUCUCACAAUCGCUCCUUUGACAGGUCCCUGUUCGUGGUGCUGGACAGCCUGGGCAGCUCGGACGGGGCCAUCGGGGCCACCGCCCAGGGCUGGCUGGUGCGGGCGCUCUCCCUGGGUGACGCGGCCCGCAUCCUGGAGCCCGUGCUCCUGCUCCUGCUGCAGCCAAAGACCCAGCGGACCGCCAUCCACUGCCUCACGCGGGAGAACUCAGCGGAAGACUGGCACCGCUGGCUCAACAGAAAGCAAGCCUCGUUCGCGGAGGCCUGGGACGCACCCGAGCUGCCGGAGGGCGGCUGUGAAGACGGCGCGCCCCUGAGCCAGCUCACCACGGUGGACCGCGAGGCCAUCUGGGCCGAGGUGGAGACGGAGCCCGAGGCGCGCCCAGCGAGCGGCGAGCCCCACGAGCACGACCGCCCCCCGCGCCUCGAGGACCUGCCGGACGGGCUGGCCCGCACUGCGGCCGAGGACGGCAGCGAGCGCACCGAGUCGGCGGACACGACCUCCGGCGCCACGGACAGCAGCGAGAACACGUCCUCCGUCUCCUCGCCGGCGCACGACCCGCAGGAGCUGAGCGGCGGCGAGCAGUGCUGCGCGCCCCUGGCCGCAGCCUCCCGGGCCCCCGGCCCGCAGGUGGGCAGCCCCACGUGCCUGGCGCGCGCGGACUCAGACCGGACCCAGGCCUCGGAGUCGCUGCCGUCCAGCGAUGACGAGGCGGCCGCGGAGCUCCAGGCGCUGACGGCGGCCCGGCUGCGGAAGCAGCAGCGCGAGAGGCAGGCGAGGCUGGAGGCCCUGUUCGCGCACAUCCUGCUCUACCUGCAGCCCUACGACGCGCGGCGGGUGCUCUACGCCUUCUCGGUGCUGGAGGCCGUGCUCAAAACCAACCCGCGCGAGUUCGUCGAGGCCGUGUCCAGGACCAGCGUGGACACCAGCGCCACGGCGCACCUCAACCUCAUCUCCAACCUCCUGGCCCGCCACCAGGAGGCGCUGGGGGGCCAGAGCUUCUACGGCAAGCUCCCGAGCCCGCCCUCCAGCGCGUGCCCGCACUCACUGCUCAUAGAGCUCCUCACCUACCUGUGCCUCAGUUUCCUCCGAAGCUACUACCCUUGCUCCAUGAGGGUCUCGCACCGGGACGUCCUGGGCAACCGGGACGUGCAGGUCAAGAGCGUGGAGGUGCUGAUCAGGCUGAUGACGCAGCUGGUGUCGGUGGCCAAGGCGGCCGAGGGCAGGAACGUGGAGUUCAUCCAGGGCCUGCUGCAGAGAUGCCGGGUGCAGGAGUUCGUCCUGCUCUCGCUGUCCGCCUCCAUGUACACGAGCCAGAAGCGCUACGGGCUGGCCACGGGUGCGCCGGGCGGAGCCCUGCCGGAGGAGGGCGUGCUGGAGGAGCACGUCAUCAACCUGGGCCAGGGCCAGGUCUGGAGCGAGCACCCGCUGCAGAUCGAGCUGCUGAAGCUGCUGCAGGUGCUCAUCGUGCUGGAGCACCACCUGGGCCAGGCGCCCGAGGAGGCAGAGCAGCCGCCCGACCUACCCCGGGAGUGGCGGCGGGCCCUGAGCUUCCAGCAGGCCAUCAGCGCCCUGCAGUACGUGCGGCCCCACCCGCUCACCUCGCAGGGGCUGCUGGUGGCCGCCGUGGUCAGGGGCCUGCAGCCGGCCUACGGCUACGGCAUGCACCCGGCCUGGGUCAGCCUGGUCACGCAUUCCCUGCCGUACUUCGGAAGGUCCCUGGGCUGGACGGUUACACCCUUCCUUGUCCAGAUCUGCAAAAACUUGGACGAGCUGGUCAAGCAGUAUGAGAGCGAGUCGGUGAAGCUGUCCAUCAGCAUAACCUCCAAGAGGGAAAACAUCUCCCCGGAUUAUCCACUCACUCUGUUGGAAGGCCUAACAACCAUUAGUCAUUUCUGUCUUUUGGAACAACCCAACCAAAGCAAAAAGACCUCUGCUGUGACCGACCCUACCAAUCUGAAGAAUGCCAAGAAUGCUAUUCUGGAAGAGCUCCCUCGAAUCGUUAACACCAUGGCCCUUCUCUGGAACGUCCUCAGGAAGGAGGAGACUCAGAAGAGACCCGUCGAUCUCCUCGGAGCCACGAAGGGAUCCUCUUCCGUUUACUUUAAAACCACCAAAACCAUACGACAAAAAAUUUUAGACUUCUUGAACCCGUUGACAGCGCCUCUUGGAGUUCAGCUGAUGGCAGCUGUUGCAGCCGUGUGGAGCAGGAAGAAGGGGAAACGCCACAGUAAAACGAAGAUUGUUCCGGCGGCCAGCACGUCCCAGCUGACCCUCGUGGAUCUGAUCUGUGCGCUGAGCACCCUGCAGACGGACUCCGUGCUGCACCUGGUGAAGGAGGUGGUGAAGCACCCGCCGCAGGUCCGCAGGGACGAGAAAUCGCCCCUGGUGGAUGUCCCCGUGUUGCAGUUUUGCUACGCAUUCAUCCAAAGGCUCCCAGCAACAGCCUUGCAAGAGAACUUCCCUUCGCUGUUGGGUGUGUUGAAGGAGUCUGUGCAGUUGAAUCUGGCUCCCCCCGGUUACUUUCUGCUUCUCAGCAUGCUGAAUGACUUUGUGACAAGAACUCCAAACCUGGAGAGCAAGAAGGACCAAAAAGACCUGCAGGAAGUCACUCAAAAAAUUCUGGAUGCUGUUGGGAACAUUGCUGGGUCUUCCUUGGAACAAACCAGCUGGCUGAGCAGGAACUUGGAAGUGAAGGCCCAGCCUCAGAUCUCUCUAGAAGAAUCUGAUGCUGAGGAAGACUUGCAUGACGCUGCCGCUGCCGCUUCAGCAAUGGUCUCUGCCUCUGCGCCCUCGGUGUACAGCGUGCAGGCCUUGUCUCUCCUGGCAGAGGUCCUGGCGUCACUCCUGGACAUGGUUUACCGAAGCGACGAGAAGGAGAAAGCGGUGCCCUUGAUCUCACGUUUGCUGUACUAUGUCUUUCCUUACCUACGCAAUCACAGCGCCUACAAUGCCCCCAGCUUCCGGGCGGGCGCCCAGCUGCUGAGUUCUCUGAGCGGGUAUGCCUAUACCAAGCGAGCCUGGAAGAAAGAAGCCCUGGAGUUAUUCUUGGACCCAGCCUUCUUCCAGAUGGACACGUCUUGUGUGCAUUGGAAGUCCAUUAUUGACCAUCUUCUGACUCAUGAGAAAACAAUGUUUAAAGAUCUAAUGAACAUGCAGAGCAGUUCUUUAAAACUGUUCUCCAGUUUUGAGCAGAAAGCCAUGCUGCUAAAGCGCCAGGCUUUUGCUCUCUUCAGUGGAGAACCUGAUCAGUACCACCUUUACCUUCCUCUGAUCCAAGAACGCCUGACAGACAAUCUCAGAGUGGGACAGACAUCCUCAGUUGCUGCUCAGAUGUUUCUGUUUUUCAGAGUUUUGCUGCUAAGAAUAUCUCCCCAACAUUUGACUUCACUCUGGCCAAUAAUGGUCUCUGAAUUGAUUCAGGCAUUCAUACAGCUUGAAGAAGAGCUGAAAAAGGACAAUGAAUCAUUGAGAAAUAGCAACAAAAUCAACAGAAUGAAAGUUGGAGCCUCUGAUGGAAAUGGGCCAUCGGUGGGGGAGAUACCCCAGAGCGAGCUGGUCCUCUAUUUAUCAGCUUGCAAGUUCCUGGACACGGCACUUUCUUUUCCACCUGACAAGAUGCCGUUAUUUCAAAUUUACAGGUGGGCAUUUGUUCCCGAAGUGGACACAGAAAGCCCUGCCUUCUCCUCAGAUUUAGAGGAGGAUCACCAAGAAUGCAAGCCCCACACUGUCAGGAUUCUUGAACUCCUAAAAUUAAAAUAUGGGGAAAUCGGCAGCUCAGAUGAGAUCGCCAUGAAGAGUGAGUUCCCUCUGCUGCGCCAGCAUUCUCUUUCCAGCGUUAGGCAACUGAUGCCCUUCUUCGGGACUCUAAACUCUGCUUUUAAAACCCAGAGUCGACUGCCCGCCGACACCCAAGGCCCUCCUCCGCUCGCGGAGUUUCCUGUCGCAGAUAACCCAAGGGUCUUGAAACAACUGGAAGAAUGUGUUGAACAUGACUUUUUGGAACAUCUGGAAUGUUAA